AUGCUGGUUCUUUACGCCGCAGGCCUCAUCACUUCUGCUGGCUUCGUGUCCGCCCAGCCUCCGUUCGGACGGUCUCCAUUUGGCGCGAGCAUCCCCGAUGUCGACCCUUGCCCGCCAGGCUGCAGCGUUGCCGGACCUAAUCCCGCCAACUGGUCUGUUUAUCACAACCUCGAUCAGCUUCAGGGCUGCAAGUACACCUUGUUCUACGAGUUCUCCCUCGCCGAUGGAGUCAUUGACGACCCCAACACUCCCCACCGCAUCUAUGCUUGCACCUCCCAUGGCGCCGACUGGGCUAAUCUACCAAACUCCACGGCGGGUACAAUCCCAGCAAAGCAUGUGGCGGCUACCUAUGAGAUUGGGUGGUCCUCCGGUGGCGAUCCAUUUGCUGCUGCCGAGAUCCAGAUCUUGUCCAAGCAGAUGCGCCAAUACCUAGCUAGCGGAUACGGAGCCACGAAGCGCGCGGCAAUCCUGUUUGCCCGACUUGGCAGGGGCGUCGUCGGUCUCUACAUCGGCAAGGGCCUGCAGAACGAGGGGGUUGGCUCGGUCGCCCUCAAGACCUUGGAAGAUAGCAUCCCGUCCCUCAGUCAGGAGCCCGUCGUGGCGUCGAGUUUGGGGAUGCAGCUCUGUAAGCCCGGUGACGAUGGCGAUCACAUCUUUGGCUUCAUCGCCACAAGCAAUGCGUCGUUCGCGCCCGUCCAGGAAGCGCUCAAGUCGUGGUCCAACGCCGAGUGUCUUUCGUUUGAAAAGACGAAGAACGUCAGCGGUCUAGCCUUCCUCGUCACACCGUCCGCCGCCAACACAACAGCGGGCAACACAACCUUGUCAUCAACCUUCGGCUCGCGCGGGCUGCGAUCCAGGCGCCUGUCCACUCGGGGUGAUUGCCGUACCAUUCAAGUCGUCUCGGGCGACGGUUGUGCUUCGUUGGCUUCGAAGUGCGGCAUCUCUGGCGCCGACUUCAUGAAGUACAAUCCCCAACCCGACCUCUGUUCAACUCUGCAGCCACUUCAGCACGUCUGCUGCUCGGACGGGACGCUGCCUGACUUCAGACCAAAGCCCAAUCCGGACGGAUCCUGCGCCACAUAUACGGUCGCGCCUGGCGACACCUGCGCAGGCAUCGCCGCGGCGAACUCCCUCACAGUCGACGAACUCGACGCGUUCAACAGCCAAACCUGGGGCUGGAUGGGAUGUCCUACGCUUUGGAGCAACGCUAUCAUCUGUCUGAGCUCUGGAAGCCCGCCCAUGCCAGCUCCCCUCCAGGGCACGCAAUGCGGCCCCCAAGUGCCGGGUACCACAGCGCCGCCGGCCGGAACAGACCUCGGUUCCCUCAACCCUUGUCCGCUCAACGCAUGCUGUGACAUAUGGGGUCAGUGCGGCACCACGGCCGAGUUCUGUACCAACACUAGUACCGGCGCCCCGGGGACGGCCAAACCCGGCACGAACGGCUGCAUCUCCAACUGCGGCACCGACGUGGUGCGCAGCGAUCCGCCCGCUGUCUUCCGGAGCAUCGCCUACUUCGAGGGGUUCGGCCUUAGCCGGCCCUGCCUCUACGAGGACGCUUCGCAGCUCGACACGUCCAAGUACACUCACCUGCACUUUGCGUUUGCUGGCCUUACGGAGGACUUCCAGGUCCGCUUCCAGGACUCCCUGACGGAAUGGGAGUUUCAGAACUUCAAGAGCAUCCGAGGGCCGGCGAGAAUCCUGUCCAUCGGCGGCUGGGAUUUUUCGACAGACCCGAGCACUUACACCAUCUUCCGCCAGGGGGUCACGUCCGCCAACCGGCUGACGCUGGCUAAGAACAUUGCCAACUUUAUCAUCUCGAACGACCUUGAUGGGGUCGAUAUCGACUGGGAAUAUCCUGGGGCCCCUGACAUCCCAGACAUCCCGCCGGAUGAUAAGGACGGCGGUCUCAACUACAUGGCCUUCUUAGUCGUCCUGAAGAACUUGCUGCCCGGCAAAUCGGUCUCGAUUGCGGCCCCAGCCUCAUACUGGUAUCUCAAGGCCUUCCCCAUCGCGCAGAUGAGCAAAUUCCUCGAUUACAUCGUUUUCAUGACCUACGAUCUUCACGGCCAGUGGGAUGCGGGCGGCAGCUGGUCUCAGGAUGGGUGUCUCCAGGGCAACUGCCUUCGCAGCCACGUCAACCUGACCGAGACCAUCAAUGCUCUGAGUAUGAUCACCAAAGCAGGCGUGCCCUCCAACAAGGUCGUUGUUGGCGUGGCGAGCUACGGACGAUCGUUUGCGAUGGCCGACGCGGGCUGCUACACCCAGGAUUGCUUCUACCUGGGCGACAGAUCGAACUCGAUGGCGCUUCCCGGUCCCUGCACGGCCACGGCCGGCUAUAUAUCGAACGCAGAGAUCAAGGCUAUCCUCAACAAUGCGACACGCGUUAACGUGGCUUACGUCGACGAGGCCAGCAACAGCAACAUUCUCGUCUACGACGACGUCCAAUGGGUGGGCUGGAUGAGCGACGGCGUCAAGAGCAUGCGCACCUCCAUGUACCGGCAGCUCAACAUGGGCGGCGUGACAGACUGGGCCGCCGAUCUCGACGACUUCCAUGAUGAGCCCCCUCCGCCUUCUUCUUCCUGGUCUGAGCUUAUUCUAGAGCUCAAGGCUGGGAAGGACCCAAACUUGAGGGGGCUGACGCCGGAUGGAAACUGGUCCUCGCUGACGUGCGACGACGACUCCAUGGACGCAGCCGACUAUACCCCCUCGCAGCGGUGGAGCAUGAUGGACGCCGAUGACGCUUGGAUGGAUGUGAUAAAGGUGUGGAAACAAACGUACGAGCCUGCAAAAAAGAAGACGUUCUCGGAGGCAGUCGCGCUCACCGUCGGUGUCCAUGUGGACGUGGAGUGCGGGUCCUUUUCGGAAACCAACAACUGCGACCACAUGGAGCUCAGUGGGUGUCUAAACAACAAUCCAGCAAGCGGGGAGAUCUGGAACUCUCUAGUAGGCAUCCACCAGAUGUACGCGAGCUACCACCAGGCCAUCAUCGAGGCUGCAGCCCUCACCAUCGACCCGGCGCUCCAGGACUUCGAGAACAAAUUCGCCCCGGUACCUCCGCCUGAGGAUGAUCGUUGGCUUGAUUUCGUACUGGAUCUCCUCAGCGUCGGCGUUGGAGCAGUGGCUAAGCCAUUUUUUGAGGGCUACAUUGCGACCCUUCCGGCUUUCAAAGGCCAAGAGACGAUCGUGAAUCACACGGAACAGAUUACCGAACUUCUCACACAGGGCAUGACCGGCAUCGCGAAGCAAGGAAGCGAUGACGGUGGAUUUCCGAAAUGGUCUCCGGAGUUGCAGGCUGAGUUUUCCGCGACCUUGGGCACUGUCCUCACCGGCUGGGCCGCGGCGGCGGAGGCAGCGGUGGGUGCCUUGUUCAACGGCACUGAUGAGUCCAUCAGCAUGUUGACAACCUUGAUUUCGGGCGGCAACUUCAUCGACGGGAGCGUAGACGGCACGCCGGAGUCGAUGCCUAAUGGUACCUCGCACGACACCCAGUCGGCGUUGAACGCCAUGGUUACGAAGGUCUUUUUCGCCUAUGCGAUCCCGGCCGUCUGGAACGCCUCGGGCCAGGCCGUCUUCGUCAUGGACACGGGGUUCGCAUGCGGCACGGUCGACCCGAUGGGCGGGGACCUCAGCACCGACACGAUGCACGCCACCUGGGGCUGCUGGGACAACAUGCUGUACUACCUGGUCAAUCCCGCCGGCGCCUCCCAAGACUGCGACGGCUCUUCCGAUACGGCUGUAACGUGCCGCGACAACAUGUUCUCGGCGCCGCCGGGUAUCGAUUCGCUGGACGGGAACACGCGCUUUGGAGGGAUCACAGUGCAGGACCUUAUCGCUGGAUCUGUGCGCACGUACAUCCAGAAUGGCAGGCAGAACGGCGGCCCCGUUGCAGACCCCACCAACAGCGUGACGUUCAGCGACCUCUACAACUCGGACAUCACGACGCCUGGCUUCAUCCGGCUGCCCGUCUGCAGCGUGGACAUGGCCAGGAGGGCGUGGUCCACCGCCGGCAUCCACGGCAGCGAGGGGAUCGCAAACGAGCCGUACUACCCACGAGCGGCGGGCCGACACGUCUUCGGGCGCGCAGCAGCCCCGAGUAUCUGA